AUGUCGUAUGGGAAUGGAACAGUGGUGCUGCCGAUUGUGCGGCGUGUUUUCAUUGGGGCUCUGGUCGGCAUCUACGCGUACGCGGCGACUGAUGUCGUGCUGAUUCCUGGCUACGCUCAGCUCAUGCAGAAAUGGAAGAAGGGUUCUUCGACACCAGCACAGGGAGGCGGUCACUAG